CACACACACAUUAAUGUGUCGUUUCUUUUGGUAGGUCAAGGUGAUUUUGAUUUAUCUGAUGCUCUUGAUCAUCCAGGGGAAACAAUUACAAAGAAGCCUCCACCGGCUACUAAAAGGCCAGUGUUUGAUGAUCAUCUAAAACCUCACCCACGUCCUCCUCACGAGCCGCAGCCGGGAAGCUAUGGCCAUGAUGGCGACCGCUUCAGUGACUUAGAUCUCAAUGAUGGGAAACCUCUACCCCCAAGGCCUGCAGGAGAAAAGGAAAGUAAUGUCCAUCAUGGUGGAAACACUGAUUCUGGAGUAGUUGCUGGAGUUACGUCACCUGUGAUUUCUGUGCUUGUGCUGUUAGUUGUUGGAACAGUUGCUGGUUACACAGCCUACAAGAAGAAGCAACUCUGUUUUAAAGCUAAUGGUGGGACAACUGUGUAA